AUGGCCGCCGCAACAGACAAGGCUCGGUUCUUCCUGGAGAAGUCCAUUCCGGAGCUCAAGGAGUAUGAGCGCAAGGGCAUUUUUACCAAGGAUGAAAUUUCCUCAAUCGUCAAAAAGAGAUCCGACUUUGAACACAAGAUUAACGCCCGUGGUGCGCAAGCGGUGGAUUUCGUGCGCUAUGCAGAAUAUGAAAUGAACCUGGACGUUCUGCGAAAGAAGCGAGUGAAGCGACUGGGGAUUCGGUCAGCAGGUUUCAAUGGCCAGCGACGCAUUUUCUUCGUUCUCGACCGGGCAGUACGCAAGUUCCACGGUGAUCUCAACCUCUGGGUGCAAUACAUCGAAUAUGCCCGGAGGCAAAAGGCCCACAAGAAACUUUCGAUGAUCUUUACCGACGCUUUGCGCCUACAUCCUACGAGCGCCGAUUUAUGGGUUUACGCCGCGAAGCAUGUUCUGGACGACCAUGGUGAUAUGACACAGGCUCGGAGUUACAUGCAGCGCGGUGUUCGAUUCUGCAAGAGUUCACGAUCAGUCUGGACUCAAUAUGCGAAGCUGGAGUUGAUCUACAUUGCGAAGCUCGUUGCUCGUCAAAAGAUUUUGGGUCUCGACGAAGAGAGCCAAAAGCCCAAGGCAGUGGAGGCAGGUCUCGAUGAUCGCGAUGCGGAUAUGGUUGCACUCCCAUCGCUCACGGAGGAGGACAUCAAUCCGACAAUGGAAGACAACGCCGAGGUGGAUCAGGUUGCACUACAAACUCUCAACGCCACCCCUGCUCUGAGUGGUGCCAUUCCGCUCACCAUCUUUGACACUGCCUCCAAGAACUUCGACCACGAUGAUCGGUUUGGUCAGGAGUUUUACGAUAUGGUCUGGGAGUUUACAGAUGUGCCUUGCCAUCUUAAGCUCCUGGGACAUGUUCUUGAAACCAUGCAGGCGAACAAGCCUUCCAGCCCCCGCACACAGAUCUGCUAUAUCAAAUUCCCGACCGCGGGAAUUCCCGUCACUUCGCCCGAGUUCCCGCGGGCGCUUGGUAGCUCCCUCGCUCGCCUCCGGGAGUACCCCUUGGGCAAAGAGCUUGCCCGCCAGGUUGUGAGCUGGCUUCAGCCUCUCCAGGCGACCAAGGAUUUGGACCCUUCCUUGCAGCAGGUCAUUGCCGCUACCGUCGUCAAGGCGGAGCGGAUGGCACAAUAG